UUAAUCAAAAUGAGUCCACUCUCACUGAUGAACUGAACUUUUUGCUGUGCUCUUCAUUCGGAUACCAAAAAUCAGAGGAAAUCAAAGUCAUAAUUAUGGCAAGAAGAUGGUCCUUCUACAAGAAUCUGCUUCCAAUCUUGUUGCUUAUUGGUAUAGAGUGCAAUGAUAUGGGGUUACUCACUUUGUUCAAAGCAGCCACCAAUAAAGGCAUGAGCAACCAUGUGUUUGUUGCAUAUGCUUAUGCUAUUGCUACUAUUGUUCUUAUUCCUGCACCUUUCAUCUCCAAAAGAUCAAGAGUGGUUCCUCCACUCAGUUUCAUCAUACUUUCCAAAAUUGUCCUUCUUGGGAUCAUAGGAAGUUCAUCUCAAAUUCUGGGGUAUGCUGGAAUUAGUUACAGUUCUCCAACACUUGCUUCAUCAAUUGGCAACUUGGUUCCUGCUUUCACCUUCUUGCUUGCAGUCUUUUUCAGGAUGGAAAAGAUAGAUGUAAAAAGUAGAACUAGUCAAGCUAAGGUAAUGGGAAGCAUAAUAUCAAUAGCAGGAGCAUUUGUGUUGACUUUCUACAAAGGUCCAUCUAUCAGCAACAAUUCUCAUACCAAAAUUACCUCAUUGCCCCUGCUACAACAACCAAUUAACAUUCCCAGAGCAGUGGACACAAAUUGGGUCCUUGCUGGAAUUCUUCUAACAGCUGACUAUUUACUUUUUUCAAUAUGGUACAUUUUACAGGUGGAUGUAUUGAAGGAUUACCCAGAUGAACUAAGUAUGCUCUUCUUUUACAACGUGACUUCAACCAUCAUAUCUACAAUUGUAGGUUCAAUUUUAGAGCCUAAUGCAAGUGCUUGGAAGAUAAGGCUAGACAUUUCAUUGGUCUCCAUUCUUUGCUCAGGUUUACUUGGAAAGUUCUUGAGCAAUGCAAUUUAUGCUUGGGUGAUGCACAUAAAAGGUCCAGUUUUUGUAACAGCAUUCAAGCCACUAUCAAUUGUUAUUUCUGUUGCCAUGGGAGUCAUGUUCCUAGGUGACACUCUCUAUAUUGGAAGUAUAAUUGGGGCCACAAUAAUAUCAAUUGGACUCUACACUGUAUUGUGGGGAAAAUCAAAAGAAGAGGCAGAGGAAGAUGUUAUUGGUAGCCUAGAAUCACUAACUAGUGAGAAUGUUCCAUUCUUGCAUAGCUACAACACUUCUUACUCUGAAAAGAAAACAGACACAAAUUAAAUGUGUAAAUGGCAAGGCACAAACAACUUUUCCUAUAUUUAACCUUAUAUAAAGAAGAUGUAGUAUAACAACUUAAUAUAUGGUUAUGACCUUAUGGGAAUCAAAUUUACGGUUCGGUUUUCAA